UAAAGUUUAAUUAACAUAUUUUAUUAUUGUUUUCGGAGUAUUUUUUUUUAAAUAUUUUAUUUAAAAAUGGAUUUAAUGGAGGAUGGAAAUCUUAUGGAUAAAGUGAAUGUGUUAAUUCAACGAGAUAUGGAGUAUUAUAAGAAAAAUCAAUCAAUUUUACAAGAAAAGCUUUGUUUGGGUGUUGUCGGGGGUCGAUUAGAUUUUCCACCAUCUUCAUCAUUCGCAGCAAUUAAAUUAGUUAAUUGGUGGGAAGAAGAAUAUUUAGCUGCUUUUAGAAAAGGAUCAGGUUUUAUGAAACCUGUGAGUGAUUUAAUUUUGGAUGACGUUGCUGGUGGUUGCGGGGGAAUUGUAAAAGCUUCUAACCCAGAAAAAUUUAUUUCCGCAAUUACAAAAUCAUCGGAACAAAUUCUAACUCAUUUGCACGUCUUAACGCAAGAAGCUCUUGAUCAUGCCGAUUUAUCCGUUUUAAAUGGUACAAUUGGUGCCGCAUCCCUAUUAAAAAAUUGUUUAUGGUGUUACGUAUCGUCAAAAAUGAACGAAACUGAUCAACUUCAAACGAUUUUGAAGAAUUAUCAAGAAAUGUGUGAAGCUUUAGCCGAAAGGUUACUCGAUCUUCAUUGUCGAUUAUUAUCGUUGUACAUUUUGCAAGAUGCGGAAUGUUUAGAUUGGGAAAAUGAAAAACCGUUUUUUGAGUCAGAAAGAGGUUCUUAUAUCCUGCAGAUGUGGUGGUUGUACAUGAAAGGAACAAUGGAUGAUUUAUGGGAAACUGUUCCUCCAAAAAUGGCUCAAAGAGUUUUUGCUGGAAUGUUAAAUGAGACGUUAACAAUUUUUACUGUGCGAUAUGGACAGGGGGAACUUCAAAUCCACAGCGCGCAAGACUUAACUUUACCAAAGGUUGCAAAUUUGGUAUACCGGACCUUAUCUGAAGUUGCGCUCUCACCAAACCUUCACCUAUUUCACGUAUAAAUAAUCGUCUAGAAUGUGAAGUAUCUCUGAAAUAAUCAGGUUUAACAUCUCUGAAGAUUACUUGACCAUUUAUUGUGCAAGCAUUCAACAUAAAAUAGAAAAUUACCAUAGGCCAGCGUCGUGACCCUCUUUGAGUCGUGUACGUGGCACACAAUUUAUCUAAUGUAUCUAUGCCUCCCUUUGAUUUAUUAUAGAAUUCGAUUUCUUCAGGCUUGUUUUUAUUUUCAGCUUCCAGUUUGCUUCUAUCAUCAUGCAUUUUACUAAAAACGAUCACACACUUGCCUUUCUUGGGAACAUACGACACCAUUUUCCCCAGUAUGUUUGCUUGGAACUCUUUGGGAAUUUCGACCUUAUUUUUUUUCAAAGUACUAACCAGUGUUAAUUUUUUUUGCAACAAACUUUUUCCUAAGGGUAUAGAUGUAUACCAAUUAUCCGUUGUGAUAUUUCUUGCAGUAUUGUGAAUUGGAACGGUAAGAUUCAUGACUACAUCAUGCGCUAGGUUUUUUGCGCGUU